AUUUGAAGAUCUCGAUGCGCACGACAGCGAAGUAUCGUGACAUCUCGUGCGAUCCUCGUGCUCGCAGAUGUUAACAAAAACCACGGCCGAUUGGUCGACUACGUCAACCAAGAUGGCGGAACUCCAGGGAGAAAUCAAGAUGGCGGAUUGGCGUUAAUGGUGCGUGGCCGUGACUUGAAAUUUCGCGUCGUUUUCAAAUGUUCACUUCAUUUUUACCGACUUAUCAACAGCCGAUUGACUUACCGACAUUUCGUGUGUCUCAAAUUCUAUUGUUGGAUUGAAUGGCUAGUCACCAACAGCCAAUUAAUUUACCAGCAAAAUUUCGCUUCAGUGUGACUCUCCUCGCAAGCAAUCUCCCAACUCAUCUCUGAUGACAUAAGGGGUUCCGCUGCGACAUCGAACGUUGCCGAACGUUGGAAGCAGGUGGAACAUUCUCAGUCCUCAGUUGUUUUCUGACCGUGCUCGGUCGAAGGUGCUAAUUGUGAGUGGAAAACAGUUGCGCACUUAUUGCGUCAUAGUCAAAGAAAAUUCCUGCAGAAUGUUGCUCGCAAGGGUGUGCCGAGCUUCUCUUGCUCCGCAAGUGGCUGGAUAUCUGAAGGCUCCGGUCAGCAAGCCAUUUGUGCCAAAAUUUCAAACGGUGAGACUACUAGCUAGCGAUGGACGCAGCACGUUCACAAGGACUGCUCGUAAAAGGACUUCGAUCGUCGAGGGUGCUAUGGCACCCGCUGGUGAAACAGCUUUUAAUAUUGGCAAGGGAGUCAUAGCUGGAGGUGCUGCUUUGGGAUUAGGAGCUCUUUGCUAUUAUGGAUUAGGACUCUCUUCUCAAACAGGAACCAUAGAUCAUGUUGCACUUUGGCCACAGUACGUUAAGGAUCGUAUUCACUCAACGUACUUAUACUUUGGAGGGUCCAUCUUGGUCAGUGGAUUGUCAGCAGCUGCGUGCUUACGUUCUACCUCCAUGAUGAACUUAAUGAUGAGACAAGGUUGGGGCGCUCUCGCCGUUAGCAUGAUCGCAAUGAUUGGAACGGGAAUGCUCGCUCAGAGUAUUCCUUACAAGGAGGGCUUUGGUCCGAAGCAAAUGGCCUGGUUGGUGCACACCGGAGUGAUUGGGGCCGUUUUGGCUCCUAUGUGCCUUCUUGGAGGCCCAUUGGUGAUGAGAGCCGCAUUGUACACGGCUGGUGUAGUCGGAGGGCUGACCACUGUAGCACUUUGUGCACCUAACGACAAGUUCUUGAACAUGGGAGGCCCUCUAGCCAUCGGUCUCGGCGUGGUCUUCGUCAGCUCCCUUGGCUCUUUCUUCCUCCCACCUACUACGGUUCUUGGAUCAGGAUUGUACUCCAUCGCCCUCUAUGGUGGUCUCGUUCUCUUCUCCAUGUUCCUCCUGCACGAUACUCAGAGAAUUAUUAAGAACGCAGAGACACACCCUGUCCCUCAUCCUUAUUUCAAGGAUGAGGCCAGAGCGUACGACCCGAUUAACAACGCAAUCUCCAUCUACCUCGACACUGUGAACAUCUUUGUGCGAAUACUUUCAAUCUUGGCUGGAGGUGGAAAUAGGCGAAAAUAGAUCGAUACUCGAUUACGAUUAAAGCGAGGCGUUCGAUUGUAAGUAAAGUUAAGGAAGAUGUGUCGCGGCCGCGUAUCUCAUGCAAGGCUCUAGGCUAGUCAACCAAUGAUAAAUUAAAAAGUUCAAGACUCUAACCUAGGUCCAGUUAUUCCGUUUAAUCAUUGAUAAUAAAUGAAAAGGUUUAACGCGA